CAACGUCAAGUCAAAGUCAAUUUACCUGCAUUUGCUAUUCGGAUUCGCAUUCGCACAUAGUGCCGGCUAAUUUUAUUUUAAAAAAAGCGAAAAAAGAUUCAAAAAAAUACCUUUAUUCAAAAUCAAAACAAUUCCAUUGAAGUUAUGAACUCGGUUUUUAGAAAACAAGCAAAGUUGAAGCCAUAGGCGAACUUAAAAUAAACCGUCUUAAACCAUUUUUCAAUUUUCUUUUAAUCUAAUAUCUCUUUCUUCGAAAGUUAUUGAUUAGUAUAGAAAAGUACAGGUACUCUUCUUGGGUUUUUCAUUGAAAAUAUGCGAGUUCUUGAUGGGGCUUAUAAGGACUGUCGCCGAGACAAGGGUGUAAAUAUUUUUGACACUGCUUAUAACAAGCGGAGUGUGCAUCACAUUUCCGAGAUAUGGGGCAUUAUUGUCAUCGUCGGAAUACUGGGCUUGGGUGCUGUCACCAGAUACAACUACUGGGAGAAUCUGCCCAGAGGUCUGGGCAAUUCACAGCUCAUGCAACAGCCGAACUCCUUUAUUGCCGAACGAGCAUGGAAGGAUUUGAAGAUUCUGACUAGUUUUGGACCGCGUCCCACUGGAGCUUAUAGCAAUGAAGUUCUAGCUGUUGAUUUCCUGAGGAGAGAAAUAUCUUACAUCAAGCAAAUGGCAAAUCGCAAUCAGAGAAUUGAAUUGGAUGUUCAGGUUGUUAGUGGUGCUUUUUGGGUGGAUUUCAAACCUCAUGGCAUGACUACAGCUUAUAGGAAUGUCCAAAAUGUCGUUGUUAAACUUCAUGGUGAAAGUUCCACUCAGGGGAAUCAUUCGCUUUUGAUUAAUUGCCAUUUUGAUUCGGUUCCUGGAAGUCCAGGUGCAAGUGAUGAUGCUGGUAGUUGUGUUGUGAUGCUGGAAAUCCUCCGAGUUCUAUCGAGAGGAAGCAUGCUAAAUAAGCACUCAAUAAUCUUUUUAUUCAAUGGAGCUGAAGAAGUUGGAUUGAAGGCUUCUCAUGGAUUUAUAACACAACACAAGUGGGCCAAAGAUGUUCGCUCAUUUAUUAAUCUUGAAUCAGCUGGAUCAGGAGGCAAGGAAAUUCUCUUUCAAACAGGUCCAAAUACACCGUGGUUGGUUAAGAUGUAUGGACGUGCAAUUCAAUAUCCAAAUGCUCAAAGUGCUGCUGAAGAGGUGUUCCAUUCUGGUCUAAUUCCAUCCGAUACUGAUUUUCGAAUUUUUCGGGAUUUUGGUAAAAUUCCAGGGCUUGAUUUUGCUCACGUUAUCAAUGGCUAUCGAUAUCAUACGAAAUACGAUCACAUUGAUUACGUAUCAAGAAGUGUUCUCCAACAUACAGGCGAUAAUGUUUUGGAAUUAACAAAGUUCAUUGUCAAUUGGGAGGAAUUGGGAAAUGCUGAUAAACUUCCUCAAGGAGCGGAAAUAUUUUUCGAUAUUCUUGGAUUUACAUUUAUUUCUUAUUCAAUGGAUUUUGCAAAUAUAUUCAAUUAUGUUGUGGUUACAUUGGCUGUAUUGUUGCCAUAUCUAUUUUUGUCGAGAGCUACAAGAGGAAUCAAUAAGAAACAUCUGCGAUUUGAGAUAUUUUUGGGAUUUCUAAUCAAUGUGAUAAGCUUUGUUGGUGGAUUAGCUAUUUGUUAUGCGAUCGCUUAUGAUUUGGAUUUAAUGGGGAAAUCAAUGGCAUGGUACUCAAACACAUUUCUCUGUGUGCCAACUUAUUGCCUGGCUACUGUUUUCUUUCAAUGUAUAGUGCACUUGGUCUUGAGUAGAAAUAUUAAGGCUCCUCUUAGUCUUGCCCUCCAAACACAAGCUCGACUCACCGGAACAAGCAUGUUUUGGGGUUUACUAGCUGCCGCACUUACUGGAGCUGGAAUCCGCACUGCUUACGUGCUAAUUGUACCUCUCCUUAUAACUCUCUUCACAAAUCUUGCAAUUGGUUUCCUGGGAUAUCAAAAUACAAUUCGCCGUUGGCUCUAUGUCCAUUUGGGUGGUCAAAUAUUUGUUAUAAUUUGGGCAACACAUUUCUAUCAUAUGGUUGUUAGUAUGUUCAUUCCGACAGCAGGUCGAUCGGGUGGUCACAAGAAUCCCGACAUAAUGAUUGCAAUGAUUUGUGGAUCGCUAACAUUUUUCGCCACAAGUUAUGUAACUCCGUUGGUUAUACUUUUGAAAAGAUGUAAAAGUCUAUUGAUCUCGUUGUUUGCUGUUUACGUUAUUACGAGAUUUUAUUUUAUAUCAUUUACACAUUAUGGAUUCCCGUAUCGAGAUGAUAGAGGUGGUGCUCCAGCUGUGCAAAGGCAUUAUAUAACGCACACUGUGCGGACAUUAUACGAUAAAGAUGGUAAUAUACGAUAUACCGACUCUGGUUUCUGGAUGAGUGAUAUGGAUAGGAACUGUCGCAAAACUGUUGAAAGUCUUUCAAUGCCCGAAACUCCAAUACCACACGAAUUUAAUAUUCUCUGUAAGAAUGAAAUAUUUUGUGGGUUGCCAUUUUUAACUUCACGGCAAUUGCAUCUUGGUGGCUAUUGGGUGCCCGCUCCAACUCCCCUAAUCCGUGAAGUUGCUACUCUAAAACUUAUCAGCAAAGAGAAAAUAUCCCCCAAAAUACAUCGUUUAAACUUUUUGUUAAUCGGAAGCUAUCAGCUGUCGUUACACAUUCGUCCAAAAGAUUCUGUAACUCUUGAUCGGUGGAACCUAAUGGAUUAUGUUCCAGAGCCGACGGUGUACAAUAAGCAAAAGGCUCAUUUUGUUAUGAUUAGUCAUGGCAUUGAAUCAGCACCCAUGAAUAUAACAUUAGAUUUCAAGACAACGAGUGACAAUCACGAAAGACCUCUUGUUGACAUAUCUUUGGUUACCCUCCACUCGGAAUAUCAUAAAGAACAUACACCAGCAUUUGCCCAUAUUUUAGCGAAACUACCACGUUGGGCUUAUGCUGUGCCAUCUGUUGCAUCGCUUGUUUCAUGGACAUUCUAAAAUGGUUUGAUUUCUUUUCAAUUAUCAAGAAACAAAACUUAAUAAAUAGGCUUUAAAAUUUAUACUCCAAGAGCAAUAAUCUUAUAAGUUUUAUUUAAAUAAAAACAAAAUCUACUUCCUCCUCUACCUUUAUUAAUAAAUCUUAUGAUACAUUUUAUCAAAACAAAAAUAUUAACGAUUAUUGCAAAGCAUUUUUACUUAAAUUGUUAUUCAAAAAAAAACAAAACAAAAA